AUGAAAAGCUUCUACGAUAUCAUCAGCAUCGAGGAGAGCGCCCAGUUUGAGGACGUCAAAAAGGCGUAUUUUCGGUUUUUGAGAAAAGAGCAUCCAGAUAAGAAUCCCGGAAAACAAGACUCGAAUUCAGAAUUGCUGAAGGCGGUGGGGCAAAUUUGGGAGCAAUUUAAGGAAAACCGCCAAAUCUACGAUUCGUGGCUCCGCGAGCAACGUCUUCGUGAAACCCAGGGAACCAUUGGCGAGACGAUCGAGCUGGCUUACGGUGAUAACGACAUCGACGAGAUUUGUCGUUGUGGAGCAGAUUUCAAUUUAACACUAGAGGAGGAUUUUUGA